AUGGAGUCCUCAGGCAUCUCAGAGUCCACCACCUAUUUUGAUUACAAUCCCCAGAUCCUUCUGUGUGAGAGCACGACUUUUGUCGUGGCCACCUUCACCACCACCAUCCUGUACUGCCUGGUGUUCCUCCUCAGCCUGCUGGGCAACAGCCUGGUGCUGUGGGUUUUGAUGAAGUACGAGAGCCUGGAGUCCCUCACCAACGUCUUCAUCCUCAACCUGUGCCUCUCAGACCUGGUGUUCUCCUGCUUGUUGCCCGUGUGGAUCUCGGGGUUCCACUGGGGCUGGGUGCUGGGAGACUUCCUCUGCAAGCUCCUCAACAUGGUCUUCUCCGUCAGCCUCUACAGCAGCAUCUUCUUCCUGACCGUCAUGACCGUCCACCGCUACCUGUCGGUGGUGAGCCCCGUCUCGAGCUUGCGCGUCCACACCCUCCGCUGCCGCCUGCUGGUGACCACAGCCGUGUGGGCAGCCAGCAUCCUGUCCGCCAUCCCCGAUGCCAUCUUCCAUGAGGUGCUUUCUUCGGCUUGUGACUAUUCCGAGCUCAGGUGGUUCUGCGCCUCGGUCUACCAGCACAACGUGUUCUUCCUGCUGUCCCUGGGGAUUAUCCUGUUCUGCUACGUGCAGAUCCUCAGGACGCUGUUCCGCUCGCGCUGCAGACGGCGCCACCGGACGGUCAGGCUCAUCCUCGCCAUCGUGGCGGUGUACUUCCUCAGCUGGGCGCCCUACAACCUCGCGCUGCUGCUGCAGGCGCUGCUCAAGACCGGGCUCAUCCGGAGCUGCGAGUUCAGCCAGCGGCUGGCCUACGCCCUGCUCGUCUGCCGCAACGUCGCCUUCUCCCACUGCUGCUUCAACCCGGUGCUCUACGUCUUCGUGGGGGUCAAGUUCCGCAGGCACCUCAAAAGGCUGCUCCAGCGGUUCUGGAUCUGCCGGCAGCAGGCAGCCAGCCCUCCGCCGUUCCCGCUGUCCCCCGGCGCCUUCAACUACGACGGCGCCUCCUUCUACUGA